GCAUUCAAUUGGACAGGCUUUGUGCCCAAAAAUUAAACGUUGCAUAAUACCCACUCUAUUUACGUUCGGUUACUCUAAACAAAACGCAACUGGUAAUUUUAAAUUAUUUGGCCAGUGUUCCAAAAUCCGGCGGACGCUGCGCGCGCUUCGGCGAGAUAGUGUGUUGCCGUCGAGCGCGGCAUAAUAUCGUUACAUAAUUAAAAAUCGAACAAUUAUCAAUUAUAUUUUUCUGUUUGGUGGCUAUAUGUGCGAUAAUAUUUGUUGAACAAAAAUCGAAUGAGAUAAAACUCGAAGAUGGAUAAGCCGACAAUGCACAUGCUCUCCGUCCAGGAGAAGGGCGGGCAGACCAGCAGGACCAAUCAAUACAUCGCCGCUGUGGCAGCGGCUAUAGGCGCGGUGAUAGCUGGCACCAUCCUCGCGUGGACGUCACCAGCGCUGCCUCAGCUGGAACCGUGGUCUAACAAGACCUCCAACGCCACUGUCGUCAUGCGUUCCAACUUCACCAACUCCACGAAGCUCAUCAACUCUCUGGGUCAAGAAGCCGAGUUCCUGCUGGAUACUAAUGCAAGAUCGCUGGUAUCUUCCGUGCUUGCCAUCGGUGCGGCUAUGGUCGCGCUGCCCGUGGGAGUGCUGGCACAGAAGAUCGGCAGACGGCCCACCAUCCUCCUCCUCGCCGUACCCUUCUUCAUUAACUGGCUGCUCACCAUCUUCGCUAACGGAGCUGGUAUGCUGAUCGCCGCCAGGUUCUUCGCUGGCCUUGGAACUGGCGGUAUUUGCGUGGCAGCUCCCAUGUACAUCGGUGAGAUUGCGGAGACCUCUAUCCGUGGAUCGCUAGGCGCGUUCUUCCAGCUUUUCCUGACCGUAGGCAUCCUGUUCACGUUCGUUGUGGGUGGCUGGACGCACUGGAAGACGCUGUCCAUCAUCAGUGCUGUAUUGCCCCCGUUGCUGGUCGCUGUUUUCUGGUGGAUGCCGGAGACCCCUCAAUAUCUGCUGGGCAAGAACCGUCGCCGUGAUGCCGAGAAGUCGUUGCGCUGGCUGAGAGGCCCUGACGCUGAUCUCACCGCAGAGCUUGAGGACAUGCAAAAAGAUGUGGACGAGGCGUCCCGCCAGAGCGCAGGCGUGUUGAGCAUGGUGACGAGCCGCGCGCCGCGCAUGGCGCUCGUGUGCGGGCUCGGCCUCAUGUUCUUCCAGCAGUUCAGCGGCAUCAACGCCGUCAUCUUCUACACCAACAACAUCUUCCAGUCCGCCGGCUCCGACAUCCCGCCCGCCAUCGCCACCAUCAUCGUCGGCGUCGUCCAGACCGCUGCCACCUACGUGUCCUCUCUCCUCGUCGAACGUGCCGGCAGAAGGAUCCUCCUCCUGCAGUCCUGCAUCAUCAUGGGCCUCUGUCUCAUCAUCCUUGGCGUCUACUUCAAAUUGCAGAACGACCACUUCAACGUCGCUGCUGCGGGCUGGCUGCCGUUGGUGUGUUUGGUGCUGUUCAUCAUUUCGUUCUCGAUGGGUUUCGGUCCGAUUCCAUGGAUGAUGAUGGCUGAGUUGUUCCCGGUGGAGUUCAGGGGCACGGCCACUGGUAUCACUGUGAUCACCAACUGGGUGCUCGUGUUUGUGGUGACGCUGUGCUUUCCCAUCAUGAAGGACGCUAUCGGCAUCUACACCUGUUUCUGGUUCUUUGCUGUUGUGAUGAUUGUGUGUAUCUUCUUCGUGUUCUUUUUAAUUCCUGAGACGAAGGGCAAGACUGUGUCACAGAUCCAGGCUAUUUUGGCUGGAAAGAAUAUGUAAAUAUAUGAUAAUGGGUUUCCUUGCGGUUCUUGGUCAGAAAAAAAGCCAUUUUGGAUAUAUCGAAAUUCCUUAGUAUGUACUGCCAACUUGAAACUAAAAAGGACUCGUGUGCUUGAAAUGAAUGUUUUUUUUUUUAUAAACUCCACCGAAUCAGGUGCCAUGUUAAGUGCAAUAUAAAGGCUAAUUUCAAUAAACAAUAUCUAUAUUCGAAUGGAUCGCGUAAAUAGACCAAUUAUAAUAAAGUUUGCUGUAAAUGAACCAAUUAGAAUACAGUAUGACGUUGGAUUUGAUUGGUUUAGUCACGAGAUUGAUCUGAAGAUAGCAAGGGUUCAUUGAUUUCGGCCGAUAGCGAUAGGAUUUAUAGACAAACAUAUUGAACAUAAUGACAAAUGAUUUCGCGAAAUAUUUUCUAAUUGUGAUUUUGUGUUAUGUGAUUGUUAUAAUGUGAUAGAAUACUCAAUAACUAAGCAAUUUAGGCAUAAUGUAGGACCGGAGUACAAAACUGAAAUGGCAGUUGUACCAGUGAUGAUAAUAUCUACGAACAAAUUAAACAAUACAAAGAACAAGGGCCGGAGCAAAUAUGGCGGAGCACAGUGCAGAGAAUUAUGCUGUCAAACUGUUAUCAACAUUGUUUUUAUUGAAAUAAUAUUCAAAAUCCAUUAACACAAGAAUAAUAAUAAUAAUUUAUUUAUUAGACACAAAAUUAGUUAAAAACCUGUGCAGUUCUGUUUCCUAAACUAAGUAAAAACUUGUAUUUUAGGAUAACAGUACCUUCAUUUACAAUUUACAAUAUUUUGUGCCCAAUACAAAAUAGAAUAAAAGUAAAAAUAAAAUAAAUUGCAUUUUUGUAUUAAUUGAUGUUAAAUAUUAUUUAAGUUGAUUAGAAAUAAGCGAACUAUCGCUCUAUUACAAUACAAACGACAUUUCACAUUUCGUUCAUCACUAGUACAUCGCCUUAAAAGGUUAGAAUUUACAAUUAGUUAAGUAUUUAAAAUAAGACGUUAAUGAACAAACGUGCCAAAAAUGUAUCUUAGUUUGUUGUAGUUUAGAAAUUUUAAUGUUUAACUUAAUGUUAAAUGUAAUAUAAUGAUUUGUAAUAAAUUGUAUCAAAUUAU